UACGUCACCGUUAAACUGCGCAUCCAUUUUGAAAAUUUGAAUUCAAGUUGUUCUUGUAGCUUGCCGCCUUCAUCCUUCUCCUCCAGCUCCUCCCAUAAUCCCUAAAAAUGGCCACAGAUCCACCUCUUUCCCCGCUAUAGCACCCAAAAUCCUUCAUGUAGCUCUCUCCAUUAAAGCUCGACCGUCAAAAUCCCAAAACACGAGCUCUAUCCAGAUGACUUCAUCUAUCUCUCACCAAAUCGAAGACAAAGACCUCGACGACGCCGCUUUGUGGGCCGUAAUCGACUCCGCGGAGGCUUGUCACUCUUCCUCCAAGUCCCGUAAGCCUCUCGCUCUUAAAUACCCUAAUUUCCAUUCUCCACCUACGCCAAUCUCUAAUUUUUCUCCUCCUUCAAAACUCCCUCCAAACCCUAGAUCUCAAUUUAAAAACAAAUCGCCCAAUUCUGAUCCUUAUUGCAGGCCUUAUAAGAUUGCGAGAACUUGCGGUUCUGAGGUUAGCGAUGUCACUAGCCCACUGGCUAUGGUAAGGACUCCUAUUACUAAUACGGCAGCGUAUUCGUCUCCUGAAGCUUACUUGUCGCCGCAGAUUCGGAGGUUUAGUCCGAAUGAGUUCAGUGAUGGAGGAUCGAUAGUUUCUCCAGGAAGUUAUGUUCGUAAUGAAGAGAAGGAUGUUAUGAUACAUUGCUUGAAUGGGAAGUUUCCAUCGGUUUCGCUUUUUAAGGACUAUCAGAACGCAGCUAUGGCGAUUCUGGAGAAAUCUGACUACACCAUGAUUUCUGGGAACCCCUUCAUUAAAAAAUCAGGUUGGAGGAAGAUAUCAUGUUACUUCAAUCUCUCAUAUGAAAUCAAAGAUAAGACCAUUGAAUUUGAUGAGAAUCGAAAUGUCCAGCGUGCUGAAUUCAUUGUUCGGGCAUACAUGCAGGGGGGUAGGUUCUCAGAUGGAUGGGGCUCAUGUGAGCGACGUGAGAAGAGAUUCAUAAAACCAAAUCAUGAUGUCCCUAGUACAGCUGAAACAAGAGCAAAAAAUAAAGCUUGCCAGGACCUACUUGGAAUUGGAGAAUAUCGACCUGGUGUGAACCAAUUUCAUCAAUAGAUAGUCACACAUUGUACAACUGGGCAAAUACCACAUUGUGAAAUUUGUUGAGGAUUGUAAGCUCUGUUACAUUUUUGAUAACAUAAAGGUAAGGGGUAAAUGCAAAAAGAAAAAAGAAGAAAAUCUUAUGGUAAAGUAUAAGUUGCUAAUGCUCCUUGCAAGACUUAGUUUGUGUUUCACAUUGCUUUGUUCUAUUAGUAAAAGCUUCAAAAGCAGCCUCCAUAACUAUUUUUCCAACACAA